AUCUAAACGAACAGCACAUAUCCGCAAUAUCCCAAAGCCCAGCGCCGCCUGUUCCCCUCGCCCUCUCGUCGCCAUCGCCAAUUGAGCAGCCACCCACCGUCCCUCGCCAUGGCCUCCAGACUCUCUCCUCUCCUCUUCAGAUCAGCCCUCCGCUCGGCAACGUGUCGGGCGGCGAGGCCUCAGUUCCGCGCCUUCUCCCUCACAGCCGUCCGCCCCAGCGACACCCUCCAAGUGCACCGCGACUCCCCGAAAAACAACGCCGACGUCCCCUUCAAGUUCACCAAGGAGAAUGAGGCCGUCAUCGACGAGAUCCUGAAGCGCUACCCGCCGCAAUACAAGAAGGCCGCCGUCAUGCCCAUUCUGGACCUCGGCCAGCGCCAGCACGGCUUCACCAGCAUCAGCGUCAUGAACGAGGUCGCCCGCAUGCUUGAGAUGCCCCCCCAGCGCGUCUACGAAGUCGCAUCCUUCUACACCAUGUACAACCGCACUCCCGUCGGAAAGUACUUCAUCCAGGCCUGCACAACUACCCCCUGCCAACUUGGCGGCGUCGGCUCCGACGUAAUUGUCAAGGCCAUCAUUGACCACCUCGGCAUUAAGCAGGGCGAGACCACAAAGGACGGCCUCUUCACCCUCCUCGAGGUCGAGUGCCUCGGCGCCUGCGUCAACGCCCCCAUGGUCCAGAUCAACGACGACUACUACGAGGACCUCACCCCCGAGACGACCGUCCAGCUCCUCGACGCCCUCAAGGCCACCGCCGCCGCCACCGGUGGUUCCGCCGCCGCCCAGGUCCCCAAGCCCGGCCCCAUCAAGAGCGGUCGCCAAACCUGCGAAAACUCAAAGGGUCUGACGAACCUCACAUCCGAACCGUGGGGCCCCGAGGUGACGCGGAGCGAUUUGUAAGAAAAGUAGUGUGACGACCCAGAGAGAGAGAGAGAGGGCAGCGGACGAACGGGGGAUAUGCGAGGAGAACAACCUCGACGCACGCGCGUACGUUCGGGACAAGGCCACGAAAUGAGCCUCAAAGCGAAAUGGAAUAGAGCCGGUGGGAGUCCGGCUUGUAUAUAAAACACAAAUGUGCUGUAUUCGGAAUGCAUGGGAUCGGUUUAGAGAUUCAUUUGUCUUCUGUUCCUUUGCCCCCCGGAGACCGCGGAUAUCUGCCUAAUUUCCCAAUUUUUCUUUUAACCUGUUAAAACGUGAUGAGUUUUUCUUCAUUCACAAUUUGCUAUUGAGUUGCUGCUCGAAAUCUGCUCUGUUUGAUAUAUGAACCUUGGAAACCAAAAAAAAAACAUAUCCAUCUACUGUAUGCAAUUUUUAUGCAAUUCGAGACUUGACCAUCUCACUCGGGGAUUCUCAAGAUCCAGCCGUCUCGCAAUCUCUUGUUUUCGGAGCUCAAUCCUCCCCAGACAACGACGCCAGCCUCCUCCACGUCUCCCAUCGCCGCCGCCGCAAACCAGCCGCGCGGCGCGGGCUCGCCGUCGUCGUUAUCGUCGUCGUACGGCUCCAUCGACAGCCUCGUCCACUUGCCCUCGCCCGUGGGACGGCCAAUGGCCUGCAACAUGGCGUCGCGCACGCUGGCGGCCGUCAUGCCGAGCGGCGGGAUCUGGAACGCCCACACGUCGUCCCACAUUGCGCCGGCGCCGGCAUGGCCGUCCGCGCUGGGCUCGCGCUCGCCCAUGAUGAGGAGGAGGUACUCCCGGCCUGCGCCGACGGUGACGGCCUCGAGGCCCGCUACGCUGCGGUGGCCGGGCCAUGUUUGGCCCGGGACGAGGUGGAUCUCCUGCUCACCGGCACCGGCACCGGGAGUUGCGCCCGCGCCCUUGGCGAUGCUCUGCCAGCCGCCGCGGCCGUGGACGGCGAUCUCGCCCUUGGAGACGCCGUCGUCAAAGGUGUCCAUCUCGAGGUGGAUGAAGUCGAGCUGGCCGCCGAUUUCGCCCUUGCCGUCGUACCCGCCGAAGCGGAACAGCCGGCUCUUGCUGACGGUGAUGGCGGCGCCGCCACGCGCGGGGCCGGGCGCCGAUGGUAGCUGGCUCCACACCCGGCUCCGCACGUCAAAGGCCCAGAGGUCGUUUGUGCGUUCCCCGUUGGCGAGGCAGCCUGCGUGAACGAAGAAGGUGCCGUAGCCGUCGUCCUCCUCGUCCGUGGCGUUGGUCGCAGCGUGGCCUACGAUGGGCGCCUGGGGGAUGCCGACGUCGGCGCUGUCGCCCUGGGCCCAGGCCCGCCAGGUCUGCUUUGCGCGGGCGUGCUUGGGGGCGAAGUCGCGCGGGCGGUCAGUGGCGGCGGCGGAGUGGUAGCUGCGCGGGGAGGGCAUGGGGAGGUUGGUGACGCCGGGGGCGGGCGGUACGGGGUCGAGGAAGGACCAUGAGUUUGUGCGGGUGUCAAAGACCCAGACGCGGCCGGCCUCCUCGAGGGGUGUCAUGUCUAAGCCGCCACGGCCGCCGUAGAGGAAGAUGCGGCUGCCGAUGACGGCGGUGGCAUGGCCGACGCGGGGGCCCGGGACGUCGCCGAGGACGGGGGGUUCGGGUAGGGCGGGGCCCUUGCCUUUGUCUGCCGCCGUGGCCGCACUUGUGGUUUGCUCGCCAGCUCCGAGGGACGAGUAUUCUUCUCCUUCUUCUCCAGCGACGCCUGGUGAGGCGAGAGACACCUCGUCGAGGAGCUGUUCCUUCAGAGCGGCUUUCUCCUCGACGUCGUCGCCGGACGCCUCGGGCUUCUCGUCGUCAAUCUUCUCCUCCGUCUGCGUCGUGGUGGGCUCGGAGUCGGCGGGCGGGGUAUACUGCUUUGCCGGGGCAGACUUGAUCUUGUAGUAGUCGGCACCAGCGCUGUUAUAGGGAAGCCUGAUAACGUGGACGUCGUUGUCGACGGGUUCGCGGGGGUUGACCUCGCCGCCGAAGACGUAGGCGGAGCCGUUGACGACGUUGACAGUGUGGGAGGAGCGGGCGAGAGGCGGGACGUCGAUUCGUUCCCAUGUGCCCUUCAUGGGCUUGGGGCCGGUGCCGCUGGACAGAGACGGCCUCUUGACAUUGGGCAUAUUGGGUAGGUUCUGCGGGAGAGACUGUAGUAUCUCGGUCGUCCGCCGCUUGAGAGCUCCAAAAGACUCCAUGGUUGCUGCCUGGCGCUGCUGCUUCAGGGUAUGGGAUAUCGUAUGCCAGGUGAUUGAGAAGAAGGAUAGAAAAGAGUGGGCGGAAUUGGGUCGAGAUGAAGUCGGGUUUGUAUGCUGACUGUAUUUGCUGAUGUGAUGUUCGAGGAUUGGCCUUAAUGAAAUGACGUAGCGAAGCGGUCCUCUACUCAGCUCAGCUCAGGGUACCUCUUUUUUGGUGGGUUGUAAGCGGGCAGUGUAAACAAGCUCCGGAUGCGGAUCCAACGGCGAUGAAUGGGUGAAAGAGGGAGCAAGAAGGGCAAUGAAAGGUAAGGCAUAAGCUGUUCCGACAGAUGAUAUGGGAGAUGGAUAAUUGGCAAAGAGAGUUUCCCCCUUUCUAAACUAUCCAAGGUAAGGUAGGUUGCCAUCUCGUUCUCUCGUAUCACACAGGCGCUUGUUGCCAGCGGCGCGGGCUUUGUGCGAUGGAGGAUGGCUCAGCUUGCAGAGGGAAGCGGGGUGCGGGCGCAGGCUUCCAAGAGCUAGGUACCCGUCCUGUUCGUCCUAUCAGGGAUGUCAGACGCACGUCUGCGGUGUAUCUUAGCGGACGGAGCCAGGCACCUAGAGGUCGGCAGUGCUGCUGGUGGGGUUUUCGUCGCCGGAUUCUUAGCAGGGGACCUCCCGUUUUGGG